AUGUUGCACUACGCAGGAGUAGCAGCUAGAUCCGCGCAGCUGGCGCAACCAGCGGUGAAGGCCGUGGCCCACCGGCGGCAGCGGCGGCAGCGGUUGGGCGGCGCCGCCAGGCCCCGUGCUGCCGCAGCCCCAGGCGAAGGCAGCAACAGCAACAGCGCGGCUGACAGCGGCCAGGGUGCCGUCCUCGGCACCCCAGCAUCCAGCACAGUUGCCACCAUCCAGCCUGCAGCAGAGGCUGGCUCCGCCGCCACCUCCCCCGCCGCCGCCGACACGGUGCUCGUCGAUGGCGGCACCUCGCCGCUCGAUGCCAAUGCCGUUCUGCCCACUGCUGCGAACAGCCGCACCAGCCCAGCCCCCUCCUCGGUAGCCGCUGCUGCUGCUCCCGCUGCCGGCACGUCCCGCGGCACACCGUCCCGCAGCCGGCCGCACAGGAUGCGCCUUCAGGCGGUGCUGGAGAUGGGGGAUGGCCCGCCGCGGGUGGUAUCGCUGCUGGACCCCAGCACACCGCUGGCGGCGGCCGCCGACGCCGAGCAGCAGCAGCCUGGCGGUGCGGGGCGGGAGCACCUGCCGCUGCUGCUCUACCUGCCGGGCAUCGACGGCACGGGGCUGGCCGCCUCCCGCCAGUUCCCGUCGCUGCUCACCAAGUUUGACAUGCGCACGUUUGUGACGCCGCCACAGGACCGCACCCCUUUUCCAGAGCUGGUGCGCCUGGUGGCCGACUUUCUGCGCGCCGAGGUGCCCGCAUGCGCCCCCACCCGCCCCGUGUAUGUGCUGGGGGAGUCGUUUGGAGGGCUGCUGGCGCUGGCGGUGGCCGCAGAGGUGCCUGCCCUGGUGGACCGGCUGGUGCCCGCUGAGCUGUACCGCGCGCUGCCGCUGGCGCUGGCGCCUGUGCUGGGCAACCCCAUCAACCUUCUGCUGGCGGGGCUGGAUGCCAGCCCCGGCGCCAGCGUGGGGCAGCAGGCGGCGGCGCUGGUGGACACGGCGACCAACCUGCUGCAGCAGCUGCCGGUGCUGGCCGAGAUCCUGCCUGCGGACACCCUGGCCUGGAAGCUGGAGCUGCUGCGCCAGGGCAGCGCUUAUGUGGGCGACCAGGAUCUUCUGCUGCCCAGCGGCGAGGAGGGCGCCCGCCUGCAGGCCGCCCUGCCCCGCACCCAGCUGCGUGUGGAGCGCGGGCGCAGCCACGCGCUGCUGCAGGAGGGCGGCGUGGACCUGGCGGCUAUCCUGCAGGAGGAGGGCUUCUACACCCCCCUGCGCCGCAUGUCGGCGCCCAUCAGCAAGCGCUCGGUGGCGGGCUUUGGCGUGGCGGCGCCCAUUGAGCUGCCCACGCCUGGCGAGAUAGAGCGGUAUGCGGAGCGCACCACCGCCUUUGGCCGCCGCCUGUCCAGCCCGGUCUUCAUCUCCACGGGCGCCGAUGGCAGGCGCAGCCUGGGCCUGGGCCAGAUUCCCGAGGGCCGCCCGCUGCUGCUGGUGGGCAACCACCAGACGCUGGCGCUGGACCUGGGGGUCAUCACAGAGCAGUUCCUGAAGGAGCAGGGGGUGCUGCCCCGCGGCCUGGCGCACCCAGUCAUCUUCGCCCAAACCAUGAGCGGCGGCGGCGGCGCUCAGGACGGCGCCCAGGGCGGCCAGGCGGGUGGCCAGGCGGGCGGCGCGGGCGCGGGGGCCGGCGCCGGCGCCGCGGGAGGCGGCACCGACGGGCUGCCCGCCUGGGACCCCAUCAACGGCUUUGGGGCCGCGCUGCAGAGCAUGCUUGGCGGGGACAGCAGCAGCAGCAGCAGCAGCAGGAGCAGGAGCUCAGGCGGCAGCGGCGGCAGCGGCGCCACCGACGGCAGGUCUGCCUUCCGCGACUUCAUGACCACCUUUGGCGCCGUCCCCGUCUCCGCCUUCAACAUGCACCGCCUGCUGCAGGCCGGCGAGUCGGUGCUGCUGUUCCCGGGCGGCGUGCGCGAGGCGUACAAGCGGCGCGGCGAGGAGUACCGACUGUUCUGGCCGGAGAAGUCGGAGUUCAUCCGCAUGGCGGCACGCUUCGGCGCCACCAUCGUCCCCUUUGCUGCCGUGGGCGUGGACGACUCGCUCAACAUCCUGGCGGACAGCCAGCAGCUGGAGGCGAUGCCGGUGGUGGGGGACAUGCUGCGCCGCCGCGCGGGCGGGCUGCCCCAGGCGCGGCGCGGCGUGUCGGCAUCUGGCGAGGAGGAGUCGUUUGUGGCGCCGCUGGCAGUGCCGCGCCUGCCCCCCGGCCGCCUCUACUUCCUGUUCCAGCAGCCCAUCCACACCAGCCCCGACGACCUCCAGGACCGGGAGCGGUGCGAUGAGCUGUACCGCGCCACCCGCCAGUCGGUGGAGGAUGGGCUGGCCUGGCUGCAGCGCCAGCGCCAGCGCGACCCGUACAAGGACUUCCUUCCCCGCCAGCUGUACGAGGCGGCGUACCGCGGCCGUCAGGCCCCCACCUUCCCCCUCAACUGA